CCUCGACGCGGUCCAGCGAUAAAGCGGCGCAGCAGGUAAACUCGUUCCACAUGGCCGGUGGGAAGAGAGCUGUGCCACCGUACUGUCCCGUAGUUCUGUCCUGUGAAACAAAAGAAAAUACCUCAAAGCCUGACGGGAAAGGAAUAAACGAAGACGAGGGAGACAAAUAAGGACUCAUUUUAUUGACUACAUUUGACAUAAAUAGCUAUUCCAACCUGUAACUAAAGUCUGUAUUAUUCUCCCACGAGUUAAAAAGACAGUUGUAAGACGAUUUUGUCUGCAACAUGUGGAGCGGCUAACAAUACCUUGUUGUUCGCUAAGUAUAAGCUAGUUUUAAGGUUCGUCACCACUGUGACACAAAGGAAAUAGCUAGAAAACAGACACAAAGUGCUGCAGGCAGGCUAAAUGGAUCACCGGUUGUUGUGCUGCGAGGGGGACAGGCCCGCCAUCCGGAGGGCCUACCGGGACUCCAACCUGUUGAAUGACCGCGUCCUGCACGCGCUGUUGCGGGCAGAGGACAAGUACCUCCCCGCUGCCAACUAUUUCAAAUGCGUCCAGAGAGAAAUAGCUCCGUACAUGAGGAGGAUAGUGGCUACCUGGAUGUUGGAGGUGUGCGAGGAGCAGAAAUGCGAGGAGGAGGUCUUCCCUCUGGCCAUGAACUACAUGGACCGCUUCCUGUCCGUGGAGCCCACAAAGAAGAGCCACCUGCAGGUACUGGGAGCCGCCUGCAUGUUCCUGGCGUCCAAGCUGAAGGAGACGAUCCCACUCACCGCAGAGAAGCUCUGCAUCUACACAGACAACUCCAUCACACCCGCCCAACUGCUGCAAAUGGAGCUGCUGGUUUUGAACAAGCUGAAGUGGGACCUGGCCUCGGUGACCCCCCUCGACUUCAUCGACCACUUUCUGUCUCGGCUGCCUGUCAGGAGAGAGAACGGGCCCAUACUCAGGAAGCACGCUCAGACCUUCGUGGCUCUGUGUGCCACAGGUAAGCACGGGACAUCACGUAUGAGAUGUGUUUGUUUUUAUUUUUAUAUAUAUUGGUGCUUCUCCAUUCCCCCCCGUUCCCGCCAGCCGCCGGACACCAACGGUCCCCGAUCGCUCGUCUAA